GUGUUUUUACGUGUAUUUUCAAUUGUUUAAAACAAAAUGUAAUUUAUGUGUGCUGCAGUGUGACCGAAGUGUGUGUUACUGGAAAAUACCAAAGAAGAAAACUCAGCGGCAUUGGGGAUUUUAUAAACCCGAUUUGUAAACUAUAAAUCUGCUUUUUUGGAAAUAUUUCCACUGAAGUAGAAAUUUAUACCUUUUUGGCGCGAAAAUACGGUCACACUUUUGUGCAGCGCUGGUCACUGCAAAUUUACAAAGUGGUUUUACGUUUUGUUAUAAUUUUGGAAAAAUGAGCGUGGUAAAACGUGGAGCCUUUAUCGUUUUUGAAGGAUGCGAUCGUAGUGGAAAGACCACACAAAGCCGGCUGCUAGCGGAGCUCCUCAAAUCCAAGGGCAUUGCCACCGUGUCGAUGAACUUUCCGGAGCGCAGCUCCAGCAUUGGACAGGUGAUAAACUCAUAUCUGACCAACAGCAAGGAUCUGCCCGAUGAGGUGAUCCACCUGAUGUUCUCCGCCAAUCGCUGGGAGCACAUGAACCAGAUCAAGCAGCAACUGCUAAAGGGCACCACGUUGAUUGUGGAUCGAUAUUCCUACUCCGGUGUGGCCUACAGUGCGGCCAAGGGACUGGACUUUGACUGGUGCUAUGCGCCGGAAAAGGGACUUUUGAAGCCAGAUGCUGUGUUCUACCUAAAGACCUCUGUGGAUUCCCUGACGAAUCGGGGGCAGUACGGCGAGGAGCGCUAUGAAAAAGUAGAAUUCCAAAGCCGCGUGGCCCAAGUUUUCGAUCGCAUUUGCUAUAGGGAAGCCUCCUACUGGCACCAGUUCGAUGCCAGUCAGUCUGCCGAGGAUCUGCACUCGCGUAUAACCAGCAUAGCGGAAGACCUGCUCCAGAAGGUGGAAGCCCAACCGCUAGAUACGUUAUCAUAGUAAAAAAAGGACCUCGAAUCGCCAUUCAUUAGAGGGGAUUUACCUUGAUUUAUGCGAUACAUGCGCGUGUUUGUUAUAAAUGUUUUUUAAAUGG